AUGUCAGAUUGUGUGCUUACAAUUACUGUUUCUGUCAUUUCAGUGUUUCUGGAUAUCACAGUAGUGGGUUUUACUGGCGGUUCUGUUGUUUUGCCGUGUUCUUCAGCUGAACAUGAUCUUAAACCUCAAGACAUUCAUGUGCUUUGGAGAGACAAAGACAGUGAGACUGUUUAUGAUCUCAUAGAAGGUAAAGCUUUCAUAGAGCAGCAGUACCCACGGUACAAGAACAGAGCAGAAACUUUCCCAGAUGAGUAUGGAAAAGGAAACUUCUCUGUCAAACUCAUCAAUCUCACUCACACUGACGCAGGAGAGUUCACCUGCUUCAUCACACACUCAUCUGAUUCUAAACAUCAGACUGUAUGGCUGGUCAUUAACGAAUCUACUGUAGAAACUGGAAACCAAUAUACUGAAGAAGAAAACCAAGGACCAGUAACACAGUCAGAUUGGUGGAAGAUAUUAAUUGGUGUCUGCAUUUCUUUAUCUGUAAUAAUUGGAAUAAUUAUCAUCAUAUUUCUCAAAAGAAAAAAAAACUCAACCCUACUUAGAAGUAACAGUCCCGAACCAAAGGUCCUGCUGCACAAUGCAAGAGUCACAGCAUCCGAGCAGCCCAUAUUUACUGGUACCCAUGUUAACAACUGAGUGUUCAAAUCAAAAGCGGGAGUGACAUGUCGUGCAUAAUCGCUUUUUCUGUUGAAGUUUCUCUCUCGUUGUGCUCUUGCUAAUAGAAAAUAUUUUGCACUGCUUGUUGUUACAGUUUAACUGAAUGUGAUUUUAAAACACUUAAGAGCGACAUUUUUGCUGUCAGUCAUGUCAAUAUGUUGUUGCCUUAAUUAUAUAACAAGGUUAUUGAAUGUACUGAAGGUUACUAAAUCAACACAUCUUUUGAUUUUUUUUUAAAUUGUUUGCUAAAUUAAUAUUUUCCUUUUGAAAGUUUUAAUAUUAAGUAUUAUGAAUGCCUUGCUACACUGCUUCCAGCCCAAACAUGUCUUCUUAAUAAUAACAUUUAUGCCUUUGUUUUUAGUGUCUUAAGAAUGUACAAAAUGCUAUAACAGAUCUCAGUUUGUUUUUUACUGGGAACAUUUCAAAUAUUGUUAGUGUUGGAUAUUGUUACUCAGAUUUGAUUUCAGAUGAGACAUUUUUGUUUUAUAAAGUAUUUAGUUCUUUUGAGGACUUUAACUUAUAUUUGUAUUAAAUCCCAGUGAAAUAUAAGAUCACCUGUCUGGAUAUUGUAAUUUCUGAGAAAAAGAGGAGUUGAUUUUUCUCCUGUUAUGGGAAGAACAGAAACUAAAUUUGUGCUUGCGUAGAAACUUAUCUACAAUUUUUCCUUACUAAACCUGAGAGACUCUUGUUUGGUUUAUUUUACUUCUUUUUUUCCAUGUUGAUGUUCAAACUUUAAAAUCUGUUUACCAGUGUUUUAUGCUAUGUUUUAUAGAAAAAUAAGCAAUGUUACAUUACAAAAUCUGUAGUUAUGAAAAAGGCAGCCUUAAUGUUGACACAGUGUGACACAACAGAGAUGUGCCGUGUAAAAUUCAGUUUAUCAUGACAAUUGCGGAAAGAAUAAUA